UGAUGAUGUCGAGUCGGAAAAUAAGCGCAUCUGAUGUAGAUGGCGGACCAGGCACCACCACCGACAAUGCAGCACUUCAUCCGGAUGUUGCAGAUCAAAAAACAGAGGCUUGGCCGGGAUAUAAAAAGAUAGCUAUAGUUGGUAUUGGUUGUCGAAUGCCAGGAGAUGUAAAUAGUACGGAUGCUUUCUGGGACGUCAUCUCAAAUGGCAAAGACACUGUUUCCGACAUCCCACCAGACCGUUGGUCGACUGAUGCAUUCCAUAAUCCAGAGCAGUCGAACCCAGGUACCCACGUAACCAAACGAUGCGGAUUCAUUCAAGGUAUAGACCAGUUUGAUCAUACAUUUUUUAAGAUUUCACCUCGAGAAGCCGCCAUGAUGGACCCACAGCAGCGCCAUACCCUAGAAGUUACCCAGGAAGCAUUUGAUGACGCUGGUAUUGACCCAAAUACUCUCGACAAAAGAUGUGGAGUCUAUAUGGGGAUCGGAAUGAUGGACUACCCCUCCAUGAUAGUGGGUGAUGCAAAUCUCAUAAACCCAUACACUAACACAGGUUUUGUACAUUCUUUAUCAGCAAACCGUAUUUCUUUUGCAUUCAACCUAAAAGGACCGAGUUUGGCUGUUGACACUGCGUGCGCAUCUUCCAUGACAGCUCUCCAUCUUGCAUGUAAUGCCAUCUGGAACAAAGAAUGUGAAGUUGCAGCCGUAGGAGGAAGUAACAUCCUACUAAGCCCUGAAAUGACAGUUGGGUUCAGUCAACUUGGAGUUCUGUCUCCUGAUGGAAAAGUCAGACCAUUUGAUUCAGAAGCUAACGGCUAUGUAAGAAGUGAAGGCUUUGGAAUGUUAAUUAUCAAGCCACUCGAUGCUGCUAUCGCUGAUAGGGACCACAUUUAUUGCUCCAUACUUGGGACUGCAAUAGGAAGCAAUGGACACAACCAGAGCAUCACGAUGCCAUCGAAAACAGAGCAACUACAGCUGAUACAAACUACAUACCCGAGAUUUAACGUUUCUAUGAAAGAUGUUUCCUAUAUUGAGGCGCAUGGCACUGGCACUCCUGUCGGAGACCCUUCAGAGGCCAAAGCUAUAGGCGAGGCGUUUAGGUCGCAACGAUUGGCCGCUGAUAAACCUCUCCGAAUAGGCUCAAAUAAGGGAAACUUUGGACAUAUGGAGUGUUCGUCAGCUGUCGUAAGUACCAUCAAAGCUGCUCUUAUGUUGCAUAACAGAACCCUAUGUCCAUCAAGCAACUUCAACAAGAUCAACCCAGCAAUAGACUUACACAAGCUCGGCAUCGAAAUACAACAGGAAUUAGAACCCCUUAUGAAUGACAAAAAACACGUAUUUGGUAUCAACAGUUUCGGAUUUGGUGGGGCAUUGGCUCACACAAUCAUUGAAGAAUAUGCAACGAAGGAGAUGCCUUUAGGAUCAGCUGGGUGGAAAUUUGGAGAAGAUGGCAGAGAAGGAAAAAUGAUCCCAGUUCCCCUGUCUGCAAAAACGGACGCAGGACUAAUCGAUCUUGCUAAGAAAUGGCUAAGGUUCGAAUCAGAUAAAGAUGCACAGAGUAUUGCGUCAUGGUUGGCCACUCGUAGAACUCAUUUUGAGUGCAGAAUCGUCAUAAUAGCCAAAUCUGGAAAGGAUUUUCGUGAAAAACUUCAACGUGCCAUUGAAGGAGAAUCCUACGAUUCAAUUUCAAGAGGGGCAACUCCAAUCAGUAUUGAAGAGAGAAACAUAUGCUUUGUUUAUCCUGGACAGGGUCAACAAUGGGCGAAAAUGGGCGUUCAAUUAUACAAAAACGAAAAGAUCUACCGCGAAAGUAUCGAUCUAUGUGAUACGGUUUUUCAAAAAUUGAGUGGCUGGUCCAUUGUUGUAAAAUACGGUGUUUUCACAGGUAAGCAAAAAGUUGAUCACCAUCUCGAUCAAGUCAUCAAUAAUGCAAUUGUAUCUGUCCCGGCUAUUGUCUUCCACCAGAUUGCACUGACUAAUCUGUGGAAAUCAUGGGGCGUCCAUCCCCGUGCAGCUGUGGGGCAUAGUUUGGGGGAGAUAGCAGCAGCGUUUGCAUGUGAAGGUGUUACCUUAGAAGAAGCAAUAGCGGUUGCUUUGUACAGAAGUGAGGAACAGGCAAAACCUACAGAUAAUGGAGGUAUGGCUGCAACUAGAAUGUCAGAAAUGAAUGCCCGAGAAUUCUGCGAGAAAUUCGACGAUUUGUAUGUUGCAUGUAUAAACUCUCCAUCAUCUACAACUAUAGCAGGACAUCUUCAUACAAUCGAGAAACUUUCAAAAGAAAAUCCCUCCACGUGGAAGCAACUUAGAGUCAAGUCUGCCUACCAUUCCCCAUACAUGGAUAGAAUCAAAGAAGGCUUUACCAAACGACUAAGUAUGAAGCUGGUCAAUGACGUGGAACCAAAGAUCCCAAUGUAUUCAACCGUGACAGGUAGAAAAAUGAUGAAUGGUUUUCAUACUCAAUAUUGGUGGGAAACCAUCAGGAAACCUGUACUGUUUCAACAUGCAGUUGAACAACUCUUUGAGGACGAAUUCAAUGUGUUUGUUGAAUGUGGAGCCUCGGCCACCCUUUUGACCUCUGUCAUUAAAACAGCCAAGAAUUUGAACGUGUCAUCACCUAUCGUUAUUACAUCUUGUCAACGAGAGAAAGAUGACUAUAACAACAUGCUUACUGCUGCAGGCAAUCUACAUGUAAAUGGUGUUUCACUAGACUGGGGGAACAUCACCGGAAAUUGUCAAACAUGGGCCGCAUUACCGAGUUAUCCCUGGCAGCACCAGAAACAUUGGGCCGAAUCAGAGUCUAGUAGACUGAAACGUUUGGGACUCGUUCGAACGAAUUUCAAAAACAGCAAUGGUGAUAUUUCCUUGAAGGAUUAUCCAUUUCUCGCUGAUCACAAUGUUUUAGGAAAUGUUACAUUUCCCGGUGCAGGGUAUAUAGAAUACAUCACCCAAACAUGCAUAGCGGAAGAUGAAAAUGUGUCCUUCUCUGAAAUAAAAUUCAAGAAUGUUUUAGUUUUUGGUGAGAAAGAGAAGCAGAAAAAUGUCCACAUAGAACUCAUUAAGAAAGGCGAUCAUAUAUCAAUUGUCAGUGGCGAAACAGCUCAUAUGGAGGCACGCAUCAGUACAAAUAAACCGACGACAGGAUGUAAUGAUCAACCCAUAUUUCCUGAGACUGGAUCUGCAAAUGUGAUUAGAAUGAACAAAGAUGAAAUAUACAAAAAUUUCGAUUGCGUCAAGCUGAAAUAUGGACCUGCAUUUCAAGUACUACAUGAGGUAUUAUUAUACGACGGGGAAGCCAUUGGUGUGAUUCGAGGCGAUCAGCACCACGGAGAACGAAUAGGCAGUAAUAUCUUAGAUGGUUGUUUUCAACUCGUUCUCAUCGCAAGUCAAAAACAUAAGACAUCAGCUUAUAUUCCAACCAGCAUCGGUUCCAUUGAUGUAUUCUUGCCUAGGAUGAGAACAGAGCUUCCACUCAAAGCAUGGGCUAAGAUAGUUGACGUCAACUCCUUCACUAUAACAGCAGAUAUCACAGUCUUCUCAGACAAUGAGGAGAUUAUCAGAGUCACAAAAUUGGUUUGCCAAAAUAUGGAUGGGAUGACUCCUGGUAUAGACAUAAACAACUGUGUGUAUACAACAUCUUGGCAACCAAUAGAGGCAAAUCUUGGUUCAACUGAUAUAAUGAAUUAUAUAUUGAAUCCUCGAAACCUCAAACACAAUUACCCCGAGGAAAUGAAGCAAGUUGAAUCCCUUGAUCCAUGCAUUGAGAGAAUAAGAGGAAUUUGUGCACGCUUUUUCAAAAGAGCACUAGAAACGAUCAAUGAACUUGAUUUAAGCCCAAGUUGUUGGAUGCAGGUUACGUGGCUGAAGAAAAUUGUCAGAGAGGAUAGCAUGUGUAUCAACAUUGAUGACAUUGAAAGUAUGAUGAAGGAUAUUGAAAAUGCAUGUCCUGAAUCCCAGGCUGAACUCAGGCUAUUAUGGAAACUUGGAAAUAUGUUACCAGAAACUCUACGAAAUCAGACACACACAUCCAUUGAUGAAAUGCUUGGUGACGAUUUAUCCCUUAUCAACUCACUCACCACGCGUCUAUACGAGAAAACAACUUCAGAUUUAGUUUAUAAGGCGAUUAGCCAGUCAUUGCAGUCAAAGAAGAUUGUACGAGUUUUAGAAGUUGGGUGUCGCAUGGAUACACUGGCUCAAUAUCUCUUGGAACCACUCCAAGGCUUAAUCAACGCCGGGAGGGUUGAGUAUACAUGUACAAUGCCGAGAUCAAGCACCCUUCCAAAUGACUCAGAGAUUCAGUACAAAGAGCUCGACGUUGAGCAGAGCGUGUCUACUCAAGGGUUUAUUCCACAUUCCUACGACAUCGUCGUAUGUAUGGACAGUUUAUCCUUAGUUUUGGAUUUUGAGGAUAGACUGCGAAAUGUGAAGGACCUACUAUGUCCCUUUGGGUGGUUGGUGAUUUAUGAAGCAUCGAACUCGCAAAACAUUUCAAAUAUCACAUUUGGAUGUCUUGAGCGAUACUUGGUGUCUAAGCAAAAUGGCCACCGGCUUCAGAAAACUCACCUCGAGAACCAGUUAGAGAACAGCGGAUUUAAAGAUGUUGCCCGUGUGUCAAUUCCAAAUGAUUUUUUCCAUUCAAUUAUCAUUGGGGUAAACACAAAUGAACAAUGCUCACAAAACAAUUCCUCUGUUACUAAUGUGGUGAUAUACUCAGAGCAACUGAGUAAUAUUGAUAUCGUUGAUCCCUGGGAAAUUGCCUCGAGUAGAGCAACCCUAUAUAAUAUCAUAGACAGUGCAAAUGAGCCAGUCGAUGUUGUUCACUUAUGGGAGGAAAUGAGUUCCCUUGAGGAUCUUCUAGAUAUAGUGAAAUACAUUUCUAACACACCAAACUGCAAUAGCUUCUCUGUUGUGGUAGAUGAAAACACCAUCAGUAGUUCAAUCCCAACUGGGUUUCUCAGAGUUGCUGUGAAUGAAAUAAAGCACAUCCGAAUCUAUACAUUCAGGGUUGCAGGAUUCGAGGGAAAUGAUGUACUACCUGAAGUUAUCAGCAUUAUUCAACAUGGGGACAUUCCGGAUUCAGAGAUUAUGCUUGACAAUCGCAAUAGUAAGGUUCCCCGAGUAAUGAGAGCAGAAAUGCCUAGCCAAGGAACAUUAAAGUCAUCGAGAUGGUUGAUUGAUUUCCAGGGUCCCCAUGCAAUAGACAACUUAAUAUACAGGUCGUUGCCAUCUGAACCACUGUCAAUGGGAGAUGUACGAAUAAAGGUAUUAGCAGCUGGAGUCAAUUUCAAAGAUAUCAUGAUUGCAACUGGAAAUCUGAAAGAUCUCAACAUCACCCCUCAGUUUGGCAUUGAGUGCACAGGUGUUGUCGCAGAAGCACAUGAUUCAGUUGGAAAUGUGAAAGUUGGUGAUAGAGUUUUGGCGUUUGCAAACAAUUGCUUUGCAUCAGAGGUAGUAUGUGACAGCAGACUUCUAGCUAAAUUACCCGAGAGCAUAGACAUAAACGUUGCAGCAGGAAUGGGUAUUGUGUUCUCAACAGCUUACCAUGCCCUUGUUGAGCGUGCCAACCUCCAAGAAGGGGAGACUGUUCUCAUUCACUCUGCAUGUGGAGGUGUUGGUCAAGCCGCAAUACAGAUAGCAACUAUGUGUGGAGCAAAGAUCAUUUGCACUGCUGGUUCAAAUAGGAAGCGUGAUAUUCUGAGAGAGCAAUUUAGAAUCGAACACGUGACUAAUUCACAUUCACUCACGUUUGCUGACGACGUAAUGAAAUGGACUGCUAACAAGGGAGUUGAUGUCAUACUUAACUCACUGAGUGGCGAGUACAUCAAAAAAGGAUUGAAAAUUCUUUCUCAUGGUGGGCGUUUCUGUGAGAUAGGGAAGCGGGAUAUUCUUGAUAAUUCAGAGCUUGAACUGAAUCCAUUCCUUCAGAAUAAAUCUUUUCUCUCUGUUCAGCUCGAUGUCCUGAUGCUGAACAGACCGGAAAAGAUGACUAAGCUGCUUGAGAAAGUUAUGUCACUCUUAUAUAAUGGGGAUGUUCGACCAAUCCAAACAGAACUCCGGGAUAUCUCUCAGUACAAAGAAACACUGAGAUGGAUGAUGACUGGUCAGCAUAUUGGAAAAGUUGUGUUGAAGAUUCCGAUGGACUUCUCUCCUGAUAAUGUCCUCCCACCGACAGAAAUGUUUACAGAUGACGGUUGUUAUCUAACAACAGGCGGCCUUGGAGGUGUAGGUCUUGAGGUUGCUCGUUGGAUAGGACGUAAGGGAGCCAGACAUAUUGGACUACUAUCUCGGCAUAAAUCAUUAACAUUCCAACAACGAUGCACAAUGCAGUACCUUCAGCGAUUAGGUUGUCAAGUAGUCCAACUUCAAGCUGAUGUAGGUGAUAAGCGUGCCCUUUCGAAAAUCAUUGGUGAGCUUGAGGAAACAACAAACAAGCCUUUGAUAGGAGUUUUUCAUCUAGCCGGAAACAUAGAUGAUGCAAGCAUACAAAAACUAACAAAAACUCAAAUAACCCAAAUACUUAACUCCAAAGUUGAUGGUGCAAGAAACCUGCAUGAACUAACACAAAACAAAAACUUAAAGCAUUUUGUAAUGUUCUCGUCCCUGUGUACUGUCAUAGGUAACGCAGAACAAGGAGCAUACUGUUCCGCAAAUGCCUACCUUGACAAACUCUCUGAACACAGGCAGUCAGUUGGUUUGCCUUCAUUGGCUGUUCAGUUUGGAGCCAUACGGGGAGCGGGGUUCCUUGAGAGGAAUGCAAAGGUGACAAAUAUUAUGGACACCAGGGGCCUAUUGUCUCUACAUAUCAACGAGUGCAUCAACUUCCUUGAGAAAGCCAUGAGAUGUACAACUACCCCGGCAGUCAUAGGAUUUUCUAAUGCGGACUGGAACCUUAUACAGGGAAUGAGCCAUCCAAGUCAUAUGCAGUUUCGUCAUUUACAGAAGGUCCAAACUCAAAAGAAAGUAAAAUGCCAGAAUAGCAGAGAAGAUCUACAUCUGAUGAUAAUAACAAAACUGUCCGAGAUCUUGUGUACAUCUGCUGAAACAAUCGACGAGAAUAAGCCAAUGACAGACUAUGGUGUAGACUCUCUCACAGCAGUAGAGAUGGUCCAAUGGGUCAAUAAAGAGCUGGGAAUGAACAUUUCUCAGCUGGACAUUUUAGGGGGAAUGUCAACUGGAUCAUUGGUAGACAAGGCUAUGAAGGGAAAGAUCCCAUUGUCCGAAAAAAACUGAAUUUGUAACCCUUUGAUACGCUCCCAUAAAAACGGUUUGGCAAGAGGCAAGAUUUAAACCAUGUAAAAGCAUUAACAAAUUCUUCAAAGUUGUCAUAAAUGUCUUCAGGUCUACGGCACUAAUAUGUAGCGAUUAACGUAACUUAAUAAUUUUACACAAUAUUUGACCUUUUCCCAUUUACAAACUUUUAUAGACCUGGAGUGGGAGAAGGGUGAUUUUCAAUCAAUAAGAAAUGUUCAAUGAGAGUAAGUUCAAGCUGUUAAUAUACUGGGCCAAUAGAUUUUAUGUUAGUGCGAGUAUAAUUGCAACGAAACAACUUCAUCUAUAACUAAACAACAUUUGUUAAACAAUCAAGUCUACAUUAAUGUUGAUUGCAUGUAUG